AUGGAAAGCACGUUGCGCCUUCGUCCGUUCGAGUCGGCCGAGUCUGAGACUGGAUGGAAGGAUUUGGACUGGAGGCAAGAGCAGAUCAGGGAGACCAAGCAGCGGCGAGCUGAAGCCAGGUCUCGCAUUGGCUUGGUGGAAAUGCUCUCCAGCUUGCGAAGCACUGACGGGUCGGUGCGUUGUCGUCCAACAGUGCCUUAG